GUGAAGAGUACAUGGUUGGCCAUUGAAUGGAUAUGGAAAGGCAAUAUAAAUUCAUGGUUAAACAGUACAGCUAUGGAAGGUUGCAUUUCACAGACACUUCUCCAAGAUGGAUACAUUAUCUAUCUCCGGCUUCAUUUGCUGCUACUAUGCCAAACAUUAUCAUCAGUGUACACCCAUUGAUGCAACAUAUUCCUUUAUGGGUGCUUAAAUGGCAAGGUCUACAAAAGAAAGUUGUUAUUGCUACAGUAAUCACUUGAUCUUAAUUUACCUGUCAUCGGACAUGGGUUAAGUUUUCACUCCUUGGAGUCAAUAGAUGCUAUUGCCCUUCAAAUGAAGUAGCCAAAAGGCUUUGCUAGAUGGGUCUUGAUGUAGUUCUCAAAUUCCUGUGUAUUUUCGGUUUGCCCAUUCAGGCCUUCUUUCCGCCCGUGCCAGUUCUUUCCAAGGACGAACUAAGAGGAAGCAAGCUUGGAUGGAUCCUAAUUUGCCUGCCAGUUUUGCUAAUGGGAGGAGGUGAAGGUAUGGGUCCUGUAAAGAAAACUGCAGAGGCUUUAGGAGAAUCACUUUUUGAAAAGAACUUCCAGAAACCAAUCGGGCAAUUAAUCAUAAUAUGUGCGUUAAUAAGGUUACUUAAAUCAAACACUUGAAAUGUCGAAUUGGAAAUCCCAGUUAGUGUUAGAGGAUUUGAAACGCAGAUGCAGAAAUGGAUGGAGCAUUGUGACUGCAUAAUCACAAAGUAAGAUAGGAAACUAUUUUCCGGACCAGGUACAAUCGCAGAGGCAUUGAUUCGAGGCUUAACGAUUAGUUUCUCAUGCUACAUUCCACGGACAAGAAAAGGGAAAACGUGUACCUUUUACUCUGUAGACAAUGGAGCGUGUUUUCACCAGAAGUCCAAAAGAACAGCAAGAAUUGUAAGAAGAUAUGGUUAUAGUAUCAAAGGACAGAUGAACUUAAGAAAAUGCGAAAAUGCACUUGGACUUGCCCAACCGGAAGCAGUGUUCGACAUUGUAAAAGACAUUCACCAGGCUAGCCAAGAACGCGGUCCUUAGAAUAACAGAUCAAUCUUCCUAGGACCUAAAGAAGUGUGGGACAUGAGCUUUUUUAGAAGCGGGACAAUUGGGAAAACGACUGGCCUGUUGUGCUCUAUCAGUUCUAGCUCAAAGGGUCGGGUUCCAAAAAAUUAG